AUGUCUACAGCAGGUUGGGAGGGGCCUUUGUGGGGAAGACUAUACUCCCAACAGAGAAAUUCUCUGCUACUCCUUCAUUUGCUGCUGUUUCUGAAGGGAAUUAAGGGCCGCUGUCUACAUGAGGAAACACAGAGAUCUGUGAGUCUUAUUGGACCACCUGUUUCCUCAUUGUCCCUUGAGCCACGCUCUGGUUCUAGUUCUCUUGACCAUUCCAAUGCUCCAAGGCCUAUUCGUAUCCAGGCCUGGUAUUCUAAGGAAUCAAAUUUAAAAAGUGAGAUUUUGUACCCUGAGAGAGACUGGAAGUACUGGGAAUUUCAGAUAGAUGCAGUUCUAAGAGAGGCCAUUCAUCGGAUCCAGGGGGUACUUGCAGUCCCACCAGUGCAAGGAUCCCUUCUUCUGAGUCGUGAUCCAGAACGGUACUGUCAAGCUAUCUGGAGGGAUCCAGACUCCCCAAAUCACUACAGAUGCAGCCUUCUGAACCCUGGCUACGUGGGAGAGAACUGCAUGGGGGUAAAGAUUCCUGAUUCCCAUCUCCGUGGUUAUUCCUUAUGGCCAGAACAAGGAUCCCCAGAAUUGAUCCAACCAGAUGGGCCUGGAAUCUCAAAUACUGAUUUCCUCUUGUAUGUACAAGUUGCUCAUACUCUGAAAUGCCACCAUGAGGUGAGGGGUAUCUAAUUGUCUUGUUCUACCUAUUCCAUAGCUCCCAUCUUAAUCUCCUAAUCACCCAGCUCCCUCAUUGUGUCCAACAUUGCGGUGCUUCCCACUACUGCCUCCAUGUUAUUUUAUCUCCAGCCCUCCAUUAUUGCCUAUGCUGCCUGCUGCCAGCUGGACAGCCAAGAUCGGCCCCUUGCAGGAGCCAUCACCUUCUGCACACACCACCUUAGCGGCCUCCACUACAGCCACAGUGACAUUGUCAUGGUUACAAUACAUGAACUGUUCCAUGUUCUGGGCUUCUCUGGACAACUCUUCAAGAAAUGGAGGGAUUGUACAGCAGGUUCGAGCAUUGGAGAUAAAUGUUCCCCAAGACGACAAGUGACCAGAAGAGAUGAAUGGGGGCAGCUGAUUCUCACCACCCCCACUGUAAGCCACAGCCUAGCCAGGCACUUGGGAGUCUCAGAAGCCAUACAAGGAGUCCCUUUAGAGGAAGAGGGUCUAUUUUCCUCUCAUUGGGAAGCUCGUUUAUUCCAGGGAUCUGUGAUGACUGCUACCUUUGAUGGUGCUCACCGUACUCAGAUUGACCUUAUCACUCUUGCUGCCUUUGCUGACUCUGGCUGGUAUCAAGUAAAUCUCAGUGCUGCACAGGAACUGCUGUGGGGUCAGGGAUCUGGUUUGAACUUUGGUUUGGUGACAUCCUGUAAAUCUGGCUCCUCAGAAUUCUUCUGUGUCGGCAGUGGACUGGGCUGUCACUACCUGCACUUUGACAAAGGACAGUGCUCAUCGGAUUCUCUGUUGGAAGGCUGCCGAAUGUACAAGCCAUUAACAUAUCAAAGUGAAUGCUGGAAGAAGGAAAAUGCACCCCUUCCUAUAGCAGAAAAUCCUCAUGGGGAGAUAUACCAUCCCAAAAGCCGAUGCUUCAUGGCUAACCUCACUUCAGUCCGGGUAUUCAGAAAUGGAACCACACCCCUCCCUCGAUGCUACUUACAUCGAUGCACCAAAGGAAGUACAUACUAUGUGCAGGCAGCAGGAUCACCCUGGGUCCUAUGUCUCCCAGGGAAGUCUAUUCAGGUCCCUGGGUAUUACGGCCUCCUCUUCUGUCCCCGGGUCCAGUUCUGCCAGGCAAAUAAAGAUCUCAUGUCUCUUCGUCUCUCAACUACAAGGCCUUUAUCCCCAGGAUUGCUGAUCCGGUUGCCCCUAGGACUUACCGGACCCACAAGCUAUUACUUGAAUAAGAUGCAGCAUCAGGAACUGAUCCAAGCUAUACUGCAGGCCCUGGUGAUCAGAGCAGGCACCCACAUGUGCCAUUUCCACAGUCCCUCAGUAAACUCUAACCUGGUGUUUACUGUGCACAUGUGGGAGUUUCCUGGAUGUCAAGGUCCCCCAAUUGAGAUCCUAUAUAAAGCUCUGAGCCGAUCCCUCAAUGAUACACCAUUAAAUGUGGACUAUGGUGAAGCCACUUUUACCACAGACUACAAUAGGUGGCUGACCUCACCAGGUCUCAUUUCCCCAAAUCCAGGUAUAAUUCUGCCCAUAGGCCUCAGUCUCAUUCUACUUAUUCUGGUAGGUACAGGGGGAACUUUGGCCUACAGGAAAUACCAAGCUUCCCUUCGAGUCGCACCAUCAGCUUCUUAUCCUUCAUCAGAACUCCCAGGAUCAAUAAGAAGCAUCUCUGAGGGAAUGGGAGAAGCAUAA